AUGUGUGGAAUUCUCGCCUUGUUGCUGGCUGAUACAGAAGCUAAUACAGGUGCUAGUGCUGAAUUAUACGAAGCGCUUGGCAUCCUACAGCAUCGUGGUCAGGAUGCCGCCGGUAUCGUCACUUGUGGAGCACGUGGUCGAUUAUAUCAAUGUAAAGGAAACGGACUUGUGCGAGACGUGUUUGAUGAAAAGCAACUAGUUAAUUUGAUGGGUUAUAUGGGUGUUGCUCAUGCUCGAUACCCAACUGCUGGCUCAAGCUCACUGUCAGAAGCUCAGCCGUUCUAUGUCAACAGUCCGUAUGGUAUUGUGGUUGCUCAUAAUGGAAACUUGACAAACGCGCAAGAAUUGGCACACUUUCUGGAUAUUGAAGCUCAUCGACAUGUCAACACUGACUCGGAUUCUGAACUCUUGUUGAAUAUUUUCGCAAACGAGUUGCAAAAGACUGGUAAAUUCAGGUUGAACGAAGACGAUACCUUCAAUGCUUUGAAGUCAGUGUAUCAACAAUGUCGUGGUGGUUAUGCUUGUACAAUGAUGAUUGCUGGGUUCGGCAUCAUUGGAUUCAGAGACCCAAACGGCAUCCGUCCCCUCGUCUACGGCACACGAGAAGUCCCCGGCCACGGCCUCGAUUUCAUCUUUGCCUCCGAAUCCGUCGCAAUAGAAGCACUGGGAUACACCAACAUACAGGAUGUAGGACCUGGUGAAGCAAUCAUUGUGACUCGACACCAAAAAGUUACACGACGACAAGUGGUACCUGCACGAUCCUUCACCCCAUGUAUUUUCGAAUAUGUUUAUUUCGCUCGCCCUGAUUCUAUUAUGGAUGGUAUAUCGGUGUACAAGGCUCGUCUUGCUAUGGGUGAGGCGCUUGCGAUACAGGUCAAAAAGACUUUUCAAAACAAGUUGGAUCUUGAUGUUGUUAUUCCUGUCCCAGAUACCAGUCGUGUUGCUGCUUUACAAGCUGCAACCUGUCUAGGUAUUCCAUAUCGUGAAGGGUUUAUAAAAAAUCGUUACAUUGGUCGUACUUUUAUCAUGCCUGGGCAACAAUUGAGGAAGAAGAAUGUCAGACGUAAGCUGAAUCCCAUGACUAUGGAAUUCGCAGACAAGAAUGUAUUGAUUGUUGAUGACUCUAUUGUACGAGGAACAACAUCAAAAGAAAUCAUUCAAAUGGCAAGAGAAUGUGGUGCUAGAAAAGUGUACUUUGCUUCGUGUGCGCCACCAAUUCGGUACCCAAAUGUAUAUGGUAUCGACAUGCCAACUCGAAAAGAAUUGGUCGCUUUCAACCGGACACCUGAACAAGUUGCUACUGAGAUUGGUGCUGAUUUUGUCAUCUACCAGGAUUUGGAAGAUUUGGUGCACUCUGUAUCGCAAUUCAACCCUCAAAUUACCUCAUUUGAUGUGUCCGUGUUUUCAGGAUGUUAUGUUACAGAGGACAUCACUGACGAAUACCUGGACGAUUUGGAACGCCAACGAAGCGAUUCAGCCAAAGCCACCAAGUCCACAGCAACAACAACAGCCGUCGUUGCAGCAGUGAAUGGAAAUGGAUUUGCCGCUAGCAAUAGUCUUCAAGAUAUUGGGCUAUACAAUACCCACAAUAUGGUCAGAUUCCAAAAGUAG